AUGGGUUUGUCUUCCCUUCCACCGGAGCAAGCCCCGGCGUAUUUGGCUCCGACGUCGACUGCGAAUCCGGAUGUAGAUUCCGCCGGCGACGAUGGCUUUUCUGAUCCAGUUUUACAAUACAUAGCGCAAAUGCUUAUGGAAGAGGACCAGGACGAGGAGGGUAGCUUGUUGCACGACCCUGCGGCUCUUCGAGCUACCGAGAAAUCGUUGUACGAAGCUGUGGGUAAGAAGUAUCCUCCCUCCCCUGCCCACCCAACCACUCUCGGCUGUCCUAAUAAUAUUUCCCCUGAUUGUAAUGUUACCACUAGCAAUUAUUCUGUUUCUCAGUCUAACACUUCAGAAAUGAAAGGCGGGCUCAGUGGGAGUCUCGAAAUGCAUCAGCCUUUUCUAAGUACACUUAAUUUUUGGAAUACUAUUGGCCGGGGCGAGUACAAACUGCAGUUUCAAAGAGGCCAAGAGGAAGCUAGCAAGUUCCUUCCUCGUGAAAAUCUUCUACUUGUUAAUUUGGAAAACUCUAACACCAAGUUAACUCCAAAGUCGUCCAAGGACGAUGACAGUCCUGAUGCAAGUGAGGAUGACAGGGUGUAUUCGUCUGCUGUCGUGAGGGGAAAGAAGAAUCAUCAAAGGGAGGAUUCGGAUGAAGAACGGAGGAGAAGAAAGCAAUUGGCGGUUUCGGGCGAAGAGGACGAGUUAACAGAGAUGCUUGACAAUGUUUUUCUCUUUCCAGCUAAAGAAAAUAAGAAUAUUGUUGAGUCGUUGUCGGGCAGUAGUGUCGGCGAGUCGUUGCCGGUGCAGAAUGUGGAAGCUUGUGGGUUUAACCCUGGGAAGGGAGCAAAGAGAACAGGAAAUGAAGAGUCAGUUGAUUUGAAGGAUUAUCUUGUUCUGUGUGCACAGGAUAUCGCUGCUGAAGAUUGGAGAACUGCAAAAGAACGAUUGGAGGAGAUUCGGCUGCACUCUUCUCCCUUCGGAGAUGGGUUUCAGAGGUGUGCCCACUAUUUUGCCAAUGCCCUCGAAGCACGCUUGGCGGGCACUGGUACUCAAAUUUAUGCUGCUUUGUCAUCUAAGAUGCCAUCAGCUGCGGCCAUGCUGAAAGCUUACCGGUCUUUUGUUUCAGUCUGUCCAUUUAGAAGGAUCUCUUUUUAUUUUGCAAAUCACCACAUUUUGAAUUUAGCCAGAAAGGCGAGGGCGAUUCAUAUUAUAGAUUUUGGUAUCUUGUAUGGGUUCCAAUGGCCCAUGGUUAUCCAAGAUCUCUCAACCUUUGUUGGUGGGCCUCCCAUGCUUCGUGUUACGGGGAUAGAGUUUCCUGAACCAGGUUUUCGCCCAGCAAGAAAAGUUGGGGACACCGGCCGCCGUCUAGCAACUUAUUGUAAGCGCUUUAAUGUCCCAUUUGAGUAUAAUGCUAUAGCAAAGAAAUGGGAAACUAUCCAAACUAUUGACCUCAAGAUUGACAAAAAUGAGGUCGUCGUUGUUAAUUGCCUGUUCCGACUUGAGGCUGUAUGUGAUGAGAGUAUUUCAUUAGAUUGUCCGAGGAAUGUUACUCUAAACUUAAUCCAGAAGAUAAAUCCAAAUAUAUUCAUUCAUGGUGUUAAUAAUGGAUAUCAUAAUGCCCCUUUCUUUGUUACACGGUUUCGGGAGACAUUCUCUCACUACUUGUCAGUGUUUGACAUGAUGGAUAUAAAUUUUUCCCGUGAAAGUCAAGACAGAUUGAUAUUUGAAAAAGAGUUUUAUGGGAUGGUAAUGAUGAAUAUUAUAGGAUGUGAAGGUUCAAUGAGGUUUUUCAGACCCGAAACAUAUAAACAAUGGAAGAUUCGAAAUAUGAGAGCUGGGUUUAAGCAGCUCCCACUAGACACAGAACUUAUGAAUACAUUGAAGGUUAAGGUGAAAUCUGACUAUCACAAAGAUUUCUUGAUUGAUGAAGAUGGACAAUGGAUGCUGCAAGGAUGGAAAGGUCGAGUGUUGACAGCUCUCUCUUGCUGGGUUUCAAAUGAUUCUUUAGAGCAUUUUUUAAAAACUCAUAAUCAGUGA